GAAAGUCUAUAUAUAUUUGAUAUCAUAUGCUCCGAGCUUGGAUUUUUCUUUCGAUCGCUUCGAUCAAAUCUGCUUCUUCCCUUCAUCCCUCUCUCUUCUCUCUCCUGUCUCUCUCUUUCUCCACACGGCCAACGCUCUCUCUCUAACAUAUAAUCUCUUGCUAGUCUGCAAACAAUCAAAACUGAUUCUUCCUUGCAAAUACUAUUCGAGGUAGGAGGAGAGGGAGGCUUUGAUUCGUAUAAUUUUGUCUGAUCUGCUAUCGAUGCAUCUUCUCUUCUGCAAGAUUUCCAGGCUGCCACCUGUUAGCUUCUCUUGUCACCAGCUCAAACGCUAGGGUUUCUUUCUGCGGUCUAGGGUUAUUGCAACAUCGUCUAUUUUAUCGAUUCUUUCUCGUACGCAUUUAUGGACAUCGAGGCGGUAGAGAGGUACGGAAAUAGGAGGAUUCAAAAUAGAAUUGGGUCAUCGCAGGCGGCGCCUGAUCGAGGAAACAGCAAGGUCUGCUUUCACUGGAGGGCGGGGAGGUGCAGCCGCUUUCCUUGUCCUUUUCUUCACAGCGAGCUUCCGCAGCAUUCUGAUGGUGGCGCCAAGCGGGCGGCUGGGGCGGAUGAAAGGGGAUUCCGUCCUCAAGGAUUCGUUUGGAGGAAUUCUCACACAAACGGGAAUUCUGGCCCUCCUUCAAGGUGGGGCAAGGGCCGUGGAGGGGGUGCUGCUGGCGGUGUUAGACCGCAGCGCAAGGCACUGGAUAAGAUCUGCAACUAUUUUAUCUCGGGGACUUGUUCUUAUGGAGAGAGUUGCAAGUUUUUGCAUUCUUGGUUCCUUAGCGACAGCAUCUCUCUCUUGACUCCCUUAAAUGGACACCAAAAGGAUGUCACUGGAAUUGCCCUUCCAACAGGGUCUGAUAAGCUUUACACAGGGAGCAAAGACGAAACAGUUCGGGUUUGGGAUUGCCAGACCGGGCAGUGUAUCGGGGUAGUUAACUUGGGAGGUGAGGUUGGCUGCAUGAUCAGUGAGGGUCCAUGGAUUUUUGUUGGAGUUCCUAAUGCCAUUAAGGCAUGGAACACACAAACUACUACUGAUCUAAGCCUCAGUGGACCUACCGGACAAGUUUAUGCUAUGUCAGUCGGUAACGAGAUGUUAUUUGCUGGAACACAGGACGGGCGUAUAUUGGCAUGGAGGUUCAGAGCUGUGGGGGACUGUUUUGAACCGGCUGCAUCUCUUGUUGGUCAUCGGCUUCCUGUUGUUUCAAUGGUAGUUGGAGCAAUGAGACUUUACUCUGGUUCUAUGGAUCAUACAGUUAGAGUUUGGGACCUUUCAACUCUACAAUGCAUCCAGACACUGACCGAUCAUACAGCAGUGGUCAUGUCUGUAUUAUGUUGGGAUCAAUUUUUGUUAAGCUGUUCACUAGAUAAGACAAUAAAGGUUUGGGUUGCUACAGAAAGUGGUAACCUGGAAGUGACAUAUACGCACCAAGAAGAACACGGUGUGCUUGCAUUGUGCGGCAUGCAUGAUGCACAAGCCAAACCAGUUUUGUUUUGCUCUUGUAAUGACAACACUGUUCGCCUUUACGACCUACCAUCAUUCAAUGAGAGGGGUAAGAUUUUCGCUAAGGAAGAAGUGAGAGCAAUACAGAUUGGCCCUGGUGGCCUAUUCUUCACUGGAGAUGGAACUGGCGAGCUCAGAGUGUGGAAGUGGUUGACCAGUGAGGUUCCAGCUGCUUGACACGAAACAAGAUCAACCCAUUUGUGGAGAGAUUAUUCUCUGCGGACACCGGACACAGCUUACCGUCCAGAGACGAAUCAAGUGCAGCCAUGUCAUUCAGU